GAAGAAGUCUGACCAGAAAGGCAGCGGCAGCUCCAAAGGCUCCUCAACGUCUUCGAAGCCGGCGGCGGCCCGACAGAGCCCCCUGGUGACCAAGAAGUCGCUCCCGCUGGACGGCAGCACGUCGCAGGGCCCGCUGAGCGGUGGGGGCGGGCAUGGCACCAUGACCAACCUGCAGCUUCAGCAGGAGGACGGGGCCCUCACGGGGACCAGCUCGGAGGACUUGGUGAUUGACAAUGGCAGCGAGACGGGCACGGAUGACGUGGAAGGGGAGAACAACGCCAAGACCAAGCAGGUCAUCGAAGCGCUGCAGGCGAAGAUACAGAAGACUAAGGAGGCCAUCAAGAAGGAGCAAAACAACAAGGAGUCCAUUGUGAACGAGUACCUCCAGAUGGCCACGGACAAGCAGCCUACGGCGCGGAUAAAGGCGCUGUUUGAGAAGAAGAACCAGAAGUCGGCCCAGAACAUAAUCCAGCUCCAGCGCAAGCUUGAGGCGCACCAGGCCAGGCUGACGGAGGUGGAGACGCAUGGCUACACGGGCCACAAGCAGGCCAAGGAGGUGCUGCGAGACGUGGGACAGGGUUUGAAGGAUGUGGUGGAAGGGGUGAUAGGAGCUAAAGACACAAUUGUGUCCAAACCCAAAGAGUUUGCCCACCUGAUCAAGAACAAGUUUGGCAGCGCCGACAACAUCGCCCAGAUAAAACUGGACGACGCGGGAACCACAGAGACAGAUGGAGCGGGCAAGACAGGGGGAACUUUGCCUGCUGGGUUCAAAUACGGAAGCGACGACGAGAACUCUAGCAUCACAUCAGGCUCAGGGCUGGGAGGGGCUCACAGUAGUCCACACUCCACCGCUCAGUUCGCACAGAGUGCUGGGCUAUCUUCCUACCUUGAGCCGGUCAAGACUGACCUCCGAGAGGUCAGGGACUCCACCCAGAAGGUCAACGAGGUGCUCCUCCGACUGGUGGAAGACUUCGAAGAGUACAAG